GUCCCGGCAGCAGCUCCAGCCAUGGCGGCAGCGCGUGUCGACUCGUCGGAUCACUCGGCCUGGUAUGUGGGGCCCGUGUCGAGGCAGGAGGCGCAGAGUCGGCUGCAGGGCCAGCGGCACGGCGUGUUCUUAGCGCGGGAUUCGUCCACCUGCCCGGGGGACUACGUGCUGUCCGUGUCCGAGAACUCACGCGUGUCCCACUACAUCACCAACUCGCUUCCCACCCGGCGCUUCAAGGUGGGGGACCAGGAGUUCGAGCACCUGCCGGCACUGCUUGAGUUCUACAAGAUUCACCAUCUGGACACCACGACGCUGCUCGAGCCUGCUCCCAGGUAUCCAAGCCCGCCUAUGGGCUCUGCCUCAGCACCCAACCUGCCUCCCGCAGAAGAAAAUGUGGAAUGCGUGCGGACUCUCCACGAAUCUUCUGGGAAUGGCCCUGAAGACCCGGCAUUCAAGAAGGGCGAGAUCUUGGCCGUUGUGGAGAAGCCGAGGAGCAGCGUGGAGUGCCCGCAACAAGGGUGGGCAGGUUGGGUGAUUCCUGUGCCGUGCGUAGAGAAGCUUGUGAGAUCUUCCCCCACGCACGGGGAGCACCGAAAUAGGAAUUCCAAUGGUUACGGGAUCCGGAACCCGCCCACGCCUGUGCCCAGCCUCAGACGGCGGAUCCUCUCCCUUUGGUCUCCAGUCCUCCUGGGGCAGUGAUGAGCCCCCUGCCCUCCCCCCAGAACGGAGAAGACAAGACUGCCUUGGCUUGGAGUUCGGCGGCAUUGUGGAAGUUACAAGGACGAACGUCAAUGGUCAGCGGGCAGGAGAAGUCAACGGCCGCAAAGGGCUCUUCCUUCCCCUUCACACGGUCAAGAUCAGACGCUCAGAAUCCAGGUGAA